AUGCCAUCAGAAAUCACCACGCCUAGGGAUGCUGUGCACAUCCAAGUUGACAACCAAUGGGAAGCAUUUUUUGUAAUUAAAGUGGGAUUUGUUGGUUUUCAACUAAUCUUGAUCCAGAAGCUUGGAAGCAAUUGGGUUUUCGGGUUCAUACUUAUGGCAGAUCACCACAUGCUCUCCGCCUAUUUGCUUGAAAUGCCACACUCAUGUUGGGGAUGCAAUGAUGGUAAUGUAAUUCUUGAUUUUGAUCUUGGCUCCCAUAUGGGCAUUCAAGACAAAUGUGGUGGUGCAUUUCUCAAAAGUUACUUCAUUGGAGUGCUGAUGAUGGAGUUUCACUAG